UAAACCGCCAGUGAUUAAACUAUUACUAUUUUAAUAGUAUUAUGGAAAAAGAAAGCUAUUUUUUUGUGGUUAUGCUAAUUUUAGCAAUUCCGUGGACUUUACAGGGCAAACUCACAGUUUCUAUUGCCAAGAAAAAGGAUCCAAUUAAAGAUUGUGUACUAGAUUCGAAAAAUCAAACUCAUGUUUGUCAAAACAAUACAAUAAGUCAAGUUCCAGUUGUGAAUCAGACAGUUACACCUAAGCCAAAAAUAGCAGAAUUUCAAAUAGAUGCGCAUAGGACAAUCAGCAUCAGUAAAGACGAUCUUAAUGAUCUUCUAGACGUUUACAUGUCCAAAUUGGCCGAAAAUGCGGUUACUAUUAACGAGAAAGAGAAUGAAAUUAAUCAAUUGCAAUCCCUGAAUAAAUCCGAUGAGGAGCACCAAAAAAAGUAUCAGGAAUUGUCGGAAUCGUGUACGGCUCAAAACAUUUCAAUGGGAGUCAUUUUAAGUGAAAAGGAUGAUCAAAUCAAGAGCCUGCAGAUAAAGUCCAGCACCUUUGAGACAAGACUGAAAAGAAAACAGCAUCUUCUGGGAAUAUAUAAAAAACUAAAUACAACCAAUGUGGAGACAAUAAAACAAUUAAAGUUAAGGGUAAAGAAUUUGGAAUCAAAGAUAAGGGAAAGAAAAGAUGAUUUAUUAGCUGAUUGGGAGGCGGCAACCAACAGUUGUUUACCGUUUGGUAAAACCUCAGGGAUUCACUUGAUACAACUUCCCGACUUUCGACCCUUUCUGGUGCCCUGCGAUGGACUCACUGAAGCAGGAGAUGGCUGGACGGUCAUACAGCGGCGUGUGGACGGAUCUGUAGAUUUCUAUCGCAACUGGAACGAGUACCGCAACGGAUUUGGCAAACUUAAUGGCGAGUUCUUCAUUGGAUUGGAGAAGCUGUAUAGACUAACCACAUUUCAACCCCAUGAGCUUUAUAUAUCGUUGCAACUAUUCAAUGGAACCAACCGAUUUGCCUUAUACGACAAAUUUGUUAUCGGCAACGAGGAGGAAGGCUACGAGAUGAAACUACUAGGUCAUUAUCAUGGUAAUGCCAGCGAUGCAAUGCGCACACAUGACAAAAUGAAAUUCUCGACUUAUGACAGAGACCAUGACGAGUUUACUCAUAUGAACUGUGCGGAAUAUCAUCAUGGUGCCUGGUGGUACGACUUUUGCUCCCGAAGCAAUCUCAAUGGAAAAUACUUCAAGGGACUGACGGACGAUGCACAGGGAAUUUUUUGGGAUCGUUGGUAUAGCUUCAAAACUUUAAAGUCUGUACAAAUGCAGAUAAGGCCAAAGCAUGCUUAGAUUAAUUAUUUAAAAAAUGACUAUCAAUUAAUUUUAAUAAAGAAAUAUAUUCAUAUACU